AUGCUCGAAGUUAACCACCACUUGGGUGAAAGGGGACAGGGGGAGUCGGGCAAAAUGCGCAGCCCCGGGUACAGCAGUGCUGCAGGCCCAUGGCAUACCAAGAUAAGUUCAGCAACGUGGAAGGUUCCAUUCUUCGCAGCUGUUUUGCUUUCGUGGGCCUUGCCGCUGGGAGGCGUGGUUGUCUCGACUAGAGAAGGAAGGGUGCGUGGCAUCUCGAAGACAGUCCUCGGAAAAGACAUUGAUGUAUUCCUCGGAAUUCCUUACGCUGUACCUCCGACCGGAGAUCUACGUUUCCGGAAACCACAACCGCUCACCCCAUGGAAAGGAAUCUACAAUGCAACCAACGUGAAAGAUUCAUGUAUGCAGCCACGUGUUCCCCAGAUUUUUUACAUACCAACGCCACUCUCAGAAGACUGCCUAUACUUGAACGUGUGGACGCCAAAAGCGUCAAAUGAAAUUAAAGUUCCUGUCCUACUGUGGUUUUUCGGUGGGACCUUCAAGAUUGGCUCUGCUUACGAGACAAGAUACAAUGGGGCCGUAUUACCGGCACUAAAGAAUGUCGUUGUCGUCUCUUGCAAUUUUAGAUCAGGCAUGUUUGGUUUUCUCGAUGCAAACACCGAGGGAGCACCAGGAAAUGUGGCCCUUUGGGAUCAGCGUAUGGUUAUGCAAUGGGUUCAGCGAAACAUCAGAGCGUUCGGAGGGGAUCCAGAUCUCGUCACUGCGGUCGGAGAGAGUUCUGGAGCCAUGGACAUUCACCUUCAUCUCAUGUCCCCAAUUACUGGGGGCCUUUUCCAUCGCAUGUUUUCAAUGAGUGGGACGGAAACCAGUAACUCGAAUGUCGACUCGGUUUUCGAAAGCAUAAAUAGAGGGAACGCCGUUGCUGCAAUACUGGGAUGCGCCAAUGUCUUUCAAGACCUGACAACCCACCCAGAAAAGGUGUUGGAAUGUCUCCGAAGCAAGACGGCGCAGGAAAUUGUCGAUGCUACAGACAACGCCACCGCUCCAUGCACGUUAGCCUUUUUUCCCACAUUCAACACCGAGUUCAUCCCCUACUUGCCAUCAAUUGCGUCUGAAAAAGGUCUAUGUAGAACUGUAGAUGUGGUGGUUUCCGUUUUAGCAAACGAAGGCGGGUUUUUCUUCCUUAUGGAAUCCGAUAAACAACUACUUCAAGAUGACUUGAGUGACUACGAAUAUUCCGCUUUCCUCACUUGCGUUGAACAGUACCUUUCAGAAAUGGCUCAAGAAAAAAAUCGUUCCUUUAGGGUUAUCCUACUUGGCGAACAGCAGUUCUUCAAGCAAGGCGGGCCUGAGGCAAACAACGGCCGACUUCUUAGGCAAGCACAACUUUUACUGCCCAACGAAGCUUUUUAGUGAAGACCACUCUGCUCGCGGAGCUGAUGUGCACGGCAUGGUGUUUGGUCAUCGGUCUCAAAAGUCAACUGAUCCAGAAUGGGUUGACGUUACGCAUAUGGAAGAAAUACCGUACUUUUUUGGAAUCCCCUUUCUGAACACUGUUAACUAUACUGAAGAGGACCAGCAGGUCAGCGC